CAGAGUGUCAGUACUGGUCUUACUUCGAGUGAGUGAAGGCAUCGUCAUGGAGGAGGUGAGCGCCGAGGCCGCGGCCAUGGCGACCGGCGCCGGAGCUGGAGGCGCGGAGGGCGCGACGAUGAAGGUGGUGGCUGCGGUGGACGCGAGCGAGGAGAGCCUGCACGCGCUGUCGUGGGCGCUCGACAACGUCGUCCGGCCCCACCCCGGCGCGUCCGUCGUCGUCCUCCACGUCCAGCAUCACGCCGACCACUUCGCCUACCCCGUCGCCGGGCACGGCCUACAGUACGUCCCGCCCACGGCGGUGGACUCCGUGAGGAAGACGCACGAGGAGAACUCCCGGCGAGUCGUGUCCGUCGCGCUCGACCUCUGCAGGCAGAAGCAGGCGAGCGCCACGGCGGCGGUGGUGGAGGGCGACGCCAAGGAGGCCAUCUGCCGCGCCGUGGAGGACAUGCACGCCGACCUCCUCGUCCUCGGCAGCCGCGGCCUCGGCAUGAUCAAGAGGGCGUUGCUGGGCAGCGUGAGCGACUACCUCGCCCACCACGCGUGCUGCCCCGUUCUCAUCGUCAAGCCGCCCAACAAAGCGCACCACAAGUGAAGCUCCAACUCUGCUGCUGUCGACUGAAUGUCUAAAGUGCAUCGUGCUUCCAAUAAAGAUGUGAUGGAGCUCAUGUGCAGUGCUCUGUGUACAUAG